AUGGCCGAAGCUGGAGCCAUUCUCGGCACCAUCAGUGCCAUAAUUUCCCUGAUCGAUGCCGCCAAGAAGGUCUAUGAUGCGGUCGGCGAUGCUCGCGGUUUACCAGAGGCGUUCCGCUUAGUGGCAUCAAAUUUGCCGCUCGUUCAUGCGAUUCUGGAAAAGAUACAAGCUCAAUACCGGAGUGCAGCAUCUGACGGCCAUGACAUCGCUAUCAUCGCUGAAGCCCUCGAGGACUGUCGUGACAAGGCUGAUAGCCUCAAGAAAAUCUUCGUCAAAGUUCUUCCAGGUGAUAAGGACUCGUGGGUCGACAGAUAUAAGAGUGCUCUCAGGACCAUUAAGCCGGGCAGGGCCGACAAGGUCGAGAAAUUGAUGGAGACGAUCAUGGACAAGCUGCAACUUUUACAAGAACAUAGUAUCGCAGACAACCUCACAGGCGGAGAGCGUCGUCAACUCAAGAAAGGGAUUGACAGCCUGGAAAAAGUGGAGCCCUCAAUCUCGGACGAGGGAGUUGGUGGUUCACUCACGCAGUACGGGCAAGGAUCCAAUGCCGCCACAGGCCAUGCAACGCAAACAAACAACCAGAACUUUGGUUCCGGGAACACCUAUCAACCUCAGCAAGACAGCUUGAUUCAGGCGAACCUGGUUACCUGA